AUGGAAAUUUAGUUUUCAAAUAUGACAAAAAAGUCUAUUCAUCUACCAAAAAUUCACUAAAAUUAUUCAUAAAUGAAGAAGGAUAAAUUAAAAGAGUUUUUUCGUACUGAUAGAAGUAUUUCAGAAACAAAACAAAAUUAUUUUUAUUAUUAAUCCAAAAAAUAGCAACCUGAAUUUAUUUAUGAACCUUAAACCGAAAGAUUGGCUAGAGAUAAUUAGUAAUUAAUCUUGUUGAUAUUUAGCAAAGAAAAAAUCUUAGAUUUUAAAAAGUCUGAUUAACCAUAAUAAAGACAUUUAUUUUUAUAAAAAUGGAAAACUAAUCCAACAAAUGUUAAUCGGCAAGUUAAUAUUUAAAUUUAAGAUUAAAGUAGUAAUAACUCUCUCUCCUCAAAUAAAACUUAAUUAUUUGAUGAGUCUGAAUCUGAUAUUGAUAUUUCAUCAAACCAAUCCUCAGAUGAUGAAGAUUCUGAUUAAAGUUCAGAAAUGAGAUUCAAAGACCUUAAUAGAGAUAUAGACAAAAUCAAAAGAAAAAUAUGUAUAGAAUUAAUAAUUCAUCCUUAGCAAAUGAUCUAAAUAGAUCUUUCUUUGGUUAUAUUAAAAAUCAAGAUAAAUUAAAAGAUUUAAUCUAAACAUUUAGAAAGAGAGAUUCUAUGAAUCCAUUAUACUUUUAUUGCAUCAAUUAAAAUCUCUUUCCAAAACGAAUUGAUCUAUCGAAUUGUUUAAUUGAAUAAAAGGAAAUGAACUUUAAAGACUUAAAAGUCAAUUCAAAGUAUUUCCCUUUAUUAUCUUAAUUGUUAAAAUCAAAAAAGUGUAAGAAAGUUAAAUCAAUAAUCUUAACAAAUAAUCAUCUAAGAGAACAUUCAUUAUCAAUAUUUAUUGAUUCUUUUCCAGGUUCACUAAAAGAUUUGAAUAUUUCUUAAAAUGAAUUAGGAAGAUAAGGAGCACUUUUGAUUGCAAAAUUAUUUAAUAAACAUAAAAAGUAAUCUUUAUUUUCUAUUCAGUUUGAAAUCUUUAAAUAUUGCAAGCAAUUUAUUAGGAGAUCAAGGAGCAAUUACGAUUCUAAAUGCUGUUUAAGAAGCUAGAACAAUUAAAAAAUUGAAUUUAUCUCAGAAUCAAAUUACAGAUAAGGUAACUUAAGAAUUAUAAAAUUUCUUGUUAUCAAAUCUUUCAAUUGAAGUUUUAAUUUUAAAUUGGAAUCAAUUAGGACCUUAAUCAGGAAUUGGUAUAGCAAAAGCUUUGAAUUAAAAUAAGAAUUUAAAGGUUCUAGAUUUAAGCUAUAAUCAUUUAGGAUUUAAUGAAAAGAGUAUUUGCAUAGUUUAAUGGUGUCUUUUAAUUGAAAAUCCAAAUCUUGCAUUAUGUCAUUUAGAUAUUUCAUAUAAUCAAAUAAGUGAGAAAUAAAUGGUUUAAUUAUAAAAGGCAUUAAAUAAAAAUACUACAUUAUAUGGUAUACAUAUUGAAGGAAAUAAAUGUCCAGCUUUUAUUGAUGCAUUUGGAUUUUUACAAUUCUCUAAAUAAGAAAAUUUAGUAAAAUAAGUUCAAUAAAAAAAAAUAUAGAUUGAUGGAGUUAAUUAUAUUCCUAUAUGCAAUGGUCAAGAAUUAUUAAUAGAUUGUUGUUGGAUUUGUUAAGGAUGGAAAGAACAUUAAUUCACUUACACACCUGAUUAUUAAAAUAAUGAAUAAGUACCAAUAUUUUUGCAUUUGGAUUUUCUUGAGUAUUAUUAUUGUUAACUAUAGUUAUAAGCCAAUCCCUAUGACUUCAAGUUUUGAAAUGAAAUAAUAAUUAAUGGAAUAGAAUAAGAGUAAUAAAUAAUUAGAACUUACUACAGGAGAGAUUAUUCAUUAAUUAAAAUCUAUUACAGAUACUGAAAAAAAAAUUACUAUGGCUGCAAUUGAAGAAGCAUAUAAUGUUGAAAAUCAUACAAAAAAUGAAACUCAAAAUUAAAUUAUUGAAGAAUUCAAUAAAUUAUAUUAUACUACAUAUCAGAUGUGUCCACCAAAAAGUAAAAUCUUAUAUUUUUUUUCUGAUCCUCUUAGAGAAAGAUACUUUUAUGAUCCCAAUUUAGAAUAUAUUUAGAGUCCUAUUGAUGAUCUCAUACUAUAAGGAAAAGAUCCAAAACAUUAAAUGCACAUUUUUGCAGAUAAUACUUAAAUUCCUUUUAAAAAAAUACAUUAUGUAAAUGUGUUAAAUACAAAAUAAGAAUAUGUUAUUGAUGAUAAAAAUAAUUAUAAACCUUUGAUUAAAGUUAAACCUAGAACUUUAUAAAGAAAAUAUAUUUUAACAAAAUAUUUAGGAAAAUUCAAAAAUAAAAAAGGAAAUGUUGUAAUUUGGUCAAAAGAUGAUUCAAUAAUAUUUAGAGGAAUGAUUGGAGAUUCUAUUGAAAUUUUAGAUUAAUCAUUUGAAUUUGAUUGGAAUUGUUCAAAAAUAUAAAGAUUCGUUAAAAGUGAUUAUGAGAAAAUGAAAUUGAAAGAAUAUUUUAGAUAAAAAUAUCAAUUAAUUAAAGAUAUUUAUAAAUACUUUUCAAGUUUUGGAUAUUAACCUCCAUUAUUUGAUGUUUUUUGUAUCUAAUUUAGUUAAUUCAAUAAAAUUCUAUAACCUAUGGUAGAUGGUGAGAAUUUAAAAUAAUCAGAUGUUGAAAGUGAUUUAGUAUCAAUAAAAAAUAAUGUUGAUAGUAAAUUUCUUUAUAAUCCUGAUAAAGCUAUAAUUAGAUAUUAAUUUAUGGAAGUACUAUUUAGAUUGGCAAAUGAUAAAUAUAUUAGAUCAGGAUAAUGUAAAAAUUAUGCAGAUGCAGUUUAUAGAUUAUUAAAAGAACUUGAAUAACAUUAUGAAAUUCUUGAUAAUAGUUAAUAAUGGAGAAAAUAAAGAUUUUGGACAAAAGAAGUAGAUUUAAUAUUACAAUUUAAAUCUCCAUUUUUAAAAAAACUCUAUGAUUUAGCUUCUGAUUUAACAAGUAAGAAAUGGUAUUUUAAAUUGAAAUGGAUAUCUAUAAAAGAAUUUAGAGAAUUUUGUAAAUUAUAUACAAAUGAUAUAUUAUCUGAAAAAUAAGUCACUGUAAUUUUUAAUUAUUCAAUGUAAACAUAAAUUGAUGAAGUAACUUAAGAUCGUUUUUUAAGAAUGACAUUUAAUGAAUUCUUAGAAGCCUUAGGAAGAAUAGCCGAAAAAAUAAGUCCUGCUCCUAUUGGAGAAGAUGCUUCUAUUUGGCCUGUUCUUUCUAGACAAACUUUACCAUUACAUAUUAAAUUAGAAUCUUUACUUACUUUUAUUUUUCUUAAAUUAAGAAGGUAUUCUAUUUAAUCAUUUAAUUUAGAUAAACUGAAUUUAUUUAAUAUACAGAUCUAUUUUGUAGAGAUAUUAUUGAUGCUUAAGAAACAAGAAUCAUAUUUAUGCCAAAAGUUUAUGAAAAGCUAUCCAAAGUAGAGAAUACUGAUGAAUUUUUAAUUACAACUACUUAAUUAACUGUUUACAAUACAAUAUCCUUUUUCAGUAAUUAAAUUUAUAUUGUAAGAUUCUCAUCAUUAACCUUAUUUGCAUCCUAAUUAUAGGAAUUUCUUAUAAUAAACCGGUAAAAAAAGAACUAUAAUUAAUCCAAAUACCAUUAAUACUAUCAAUAAUAAUACAUUUAGUAGAUAAGUUUCAGGAAGAACAACUAUUUUUGAAUAAUAACAAUAAGCAUAAUACAAAAAUAACAAUAUAAUAGCAGUCUUAGAAGAAUAUGAUGAUUAAUGA